AUGAAUUCUCUCUCCACAUCUUCCACAGUUUCUUCUUCUUCUACCUCUUCAGCGUCUUCGGCUUCUUGGUUUUCCGGCAUUGUUAGAGGCCGCCAAGACAGGUCCUCCUCCCUCAAGAUGACCGGAAGAUCCUCCUCAGGUGGAGGCGUCGCCGCCGAUAACGACGGACCCAUCAAGGGCAAGAAUCAGUUCCGUGGUGUCCUCUUCAAGUAUGGGCCUAAGCCGAUUCAGGUUGCAUUCAAAACAGGUGAGUAUAAGCAACAACUUAUUUUCAUUGGUGGACUGACAGAUGGGUUUCUAGCAACUGAAUACUUGGAACCUCUUGCAAUUGCUUUGGAUAAUGAGAAAUGGUCACUUGUUCAACUACUUAUGUCAUCUUCAUAUACUGGAUAUGGCACCUCCAGCUUGCAACAAGAUGCCAUGGAGAUCGAUCAGCUUAUCAGUCAUCUAAUCAAUAAAGAAAAUUCUGAGGGUGUGGUCCUACUUGGUCAUAGCACUGGCUGUCAGGAUAUUGUGCAUUACAUGCGCACAAAUGCAGCUUGUUCCCGAGCAGUCCGUGCUGCCAUUUUGCAGGCUCCAGUUAGUGAUCGAGAAUACAGGGCAACUCUUCCUGAAACAGCUACAAUGAUUGACUUGGCUUCAAGCAUGAUAAAGGAAGGUUGGGGUUCAGACUUAAUGCCUAAGAAAGCAGAUCCAUCUUCCCCUAUAACUGCCUAUAGAUAUAACUCCCUUUGUGCCUACAUGGGGGAUGAUGACAUGUUCAGUUCCGACCUUAAUGAUGACCAGCUUAGAAUGAGACUUGGACACAUGGCUAACACUCCUUGCCAGGUUAUCUUUUCCAUGGAUGAUGAAUAUGUGCCAGAGUAUGUUGAUAAGAAAGCAUUGGUUGAAAGAUUGUGCAGAGCUAUGGGUGGUGCAGAGAAAGUUGAAAUUGAAUACGGCAAUCACUCCCUCUCUAACCGAGUCCAUGAAGCUGUGCAGGCUAUUAUUGCCUUUGUUAAAAGAGAAGGACCUAAAGGCUGGGAUGAUCCAUGGAGCUAAUGCUCUGAUAUUUCGUACUCUGAUUUUCUCUUUUUCGUUUUUUAUAUUCUUUUUUCUUAUUCUCUUCUUUCUCUUAAUUCAUCAUUUUCAUCUUAAUCAUGCUAAGCAAUUUUGGUUAUUCAUAACAUGUAUAAAAAAAAGGCUGUGUGUGAAUUUCAUCCCCAGGUUAGUCUGAAAGAAGUUUUAUACUUUGUAUGGAUAAGCCUUGUUUUCCUCCAGAAGGAACCUGUAGUGUUGGCAUGUAUUGAUUACAGAAUUUUGUUCUAUCCUUAUUCAUUGCUGGCUGUACUAUUUGAUGGUAGGAUAAUUGAAUGUACCUUAAUUUCCUACUUUUCGUUCAUUGUGUUUUUUAAUGUUGGUUUGUUUUAUAAGAAUUUUAUUGGAAGAAAUAGCACUAUUUUGAGCUUCACUGGGAAUUUUGAUUAUUUUUGACACAAGAGGUCAUAGUAUGGGAUAGAAAAAAGGAUUGCAGGUGUAAUCUUUUAAGAGUUAAGUUUCAGAGUCUGGCAUUUUGAUUUUUUAAACAUCAUUGGCAUUCAGAAAACUGAAUUUUUCUUCUCAAGGAAUGUAAUUUUUACCCAGGUCAGACUAACAUUGCUUUUGCAUCUUAGAAAACUUUUGAGAACUCACUAGCAAUGCCAAAUGGGAAAAUUGAGAAGAAAGUGAUUUUUGUUGAGACGUCGAGAAAUGUGAAUCCAAACUAUGACUUUUGGGGUUAAAUUCAAAAGAGUAAAUAAUAUCCCACUGAGUCCCUAAUUUUUUAAUCUAGUUGUUAAUAAUCAUUUUUGGACAAAAGUAAACAACAUGCACCCAUUAAGUUGAAUGAUAGUGGCAUAUGGCAACUGAGCUUGCUAACAUGAAUGCAGACAU